AUGGUGCUCGGUUUACUUCUACAGUUACUCCUAAUGACGUCGAUCGGAACGUCUCCAGUACCGAUGCGCAAGACAUUCCCUACCGCGAUAAUUGUCGGUGUCAAGAAGGCUGGCACUCGAGCGCUGCUUGAGUUCCUUCGACUUGAAUCCGAAUAUUCGAGCACCUGGACCAGAAGUGCAUUUUUUCGACAAGAACUACCACAAAGGACUGGAUUGGUA